UCGUACCUAUAAGUUUUCUUCAAUUCAAAAUUGUUGUUGUAAGACGUACGUGUGUUGAAUGCUUUUACAGAAUAACAACUUAUUUUCACGACAUGUUGUGCAUAGGUGUACCUCUAAACUUUAACUUUUAACGUGUAGCCAAGCAAUAUAUCAAAAAGAUAAAGAACCAAGUUCUGAGCAUUAUUACGUUUGAUGCUAGGAAUCUGCACAAAUGUUAUUUGCAGAAAUGAGAGUUCAAACUUAUAAAAGAGCAGUUUUUUAUUUCAAAGCUACUGGUGUUUGCAUUGUUGUAGUGAGUGGUGGAUGGCUAUUCUAUCAAAUGAGGCAAACGUCAGUGUUGCUCAAUUCUGUAGUGCCAAAAACUAUCCCUGAACUUGAGCGUACCAAAGCCCAGUAUAUUUACAUCGAUGAUCCAAGAUUUAAUGAUAUUUUGAUGCUCCGGCAUGCUAAUAAUUUGCAUUUAUCUGUUUCCUUGGAGAAACCAAAAAACUUAUCUUAUAUUCUAACUAAAUGGUGGAAAUCCUUGAAUCGCAAACUAGCUUUUCAUUUCUUCUAUGUAUCUCAAAUUGGUGACAAGGCAGAGAAAAGAAGAGCUUUGCAGUCUCUAAGUUCCUUAAAAUACUUACAAGACUGGCACUAUCAGCAGAUGGCUCAAAAAUUAGAUGCACAAACUGCUGUUGCUUUAGCACGAUUACCUGAAGCUGAUUUACGCUUUUUCUUAAAACCUCUUUACUUUCAUCAACAAUCUCCUCUCAACGAUGUUGGUGAAGCAAUAUACAAUCUUUUGAUGAAAUUGAAUGCAUUGUGUGGUGGAUGCCAUCCAUGUUUAUUACAGUUUUUGCAUGAAAAGUUUCAAAAUUCUCAGCGUGAAACUUCUAUUUUCGAACAUGACUUGACCAACCUUGGACUAUCUGUACCUCCACCCAUAAAUUGGGAUCAGGACUUUCUGAUAAACUGUGUCCAAGCAGUACAUCAUCAUUCAUCCUUGGAUGAACACAGCAAAGAAGUAGCUGAUGCAGGGGGGCUACAAAUUUUAAUGAAUGUCUACAAACUAAUGAAAGAUAAUAUUGAAUUGUGUUCAUUGAUAGCUAAAAUCUUAUCAAAUCUUUCUUUACAUCCUGAAUACUUACAAGACAUUUUCAGAUCAGGCUGGAUUGGAAUUUUGGCUGCGUGGUCUCGUCACGAAGACAUCAAACUCGCGGCUCCUGCAAGUCGAGCCUUGGCAAAUUUGGAUUUGGACGAUGUUGAGAACGAGAAGUAUCACCAAAGAAUUUAUCCCCUCUAUCCAUUGCAUAGAACGUCUUUUAAAAAAAAGUUGGACGUUAUUUUUGUACACGGAUUGCUUGGAAGUGUGUUUGUCACGUGGCGACAACGUGACCUUGAUAAAACCUUAGUAUUACCAGAUCCAAAAGACGAAGCUCAACCAAUAAGCUUGUCAGCAAUGGUAGGCGAUCAUCCCUCAGAGUUUUUGAAAGACUUGGCUCGUGACUUGGAGCAUUUAGAAUGGCAGCGCGUCGGUCACGACUAUGAGGUGGUACUGCACGAUUGUCCAGUCAACAUGGAUUACGAAAUGUCGGGCCCAUUCUUCUGUCAAGGCGACGCCGAAUGCAUGAAAAAAAGCGUAAAGGACUGCAAGACACGCACGCAAUGCUGGCCUAGAGACUGGCUGCCCGAAGACGUGCCGCAUUUGCGAAUAAUCGGAGUUAAUUACAGCUCCAAUUUAUCCAUGUGGACGCCUUUGUGUCCAAUCGAAGGAGUCAGGAGCACGUUGAAGGAGCGCAGCAGCGAGUUUACACGAAAGCUCGUAACUGCCGGUGUGGGAAAAAGGUCGAUUGUUUGGGCGUGCCACUCGAUGGGCGGACUACUCGUGAAAAAAAUGCUCGUGGAAGAGUGGAGAAACGGGGAUAAAAAUAAUUUGCUGCGCAAGACAAAGAGUAUCGCUUUUUACAGCACGCCGCACAAAGGAACUCGCGUCGCUGCCUUGAACCAAACGUCGCAAAUGCUGCUCUGGCCUUCCAUCGAAGUUCAGGAGCUGCGAGAACACUCACCGCACCUGCUGCAACUUCACGAGGAUUUCUUGAAAAUGCUCCAGGAAUACGAUAUUGACAUUGUUAGUUUCGCGGAAACAAAACCAACGCGCUUCACCGCGCUUAAAGUUCCGUUCAGAAUUGUUUCUUCCGAGUCUGCAGAUCCUGGUGUGGGUGAAUUUUUCGAGAUUCCCCAAGACCACGUAUCGAUUUGCAAGCCCGCUAACAGGCAAUCGUUUCUCUAUCAAAAAUUUUUGGCUGUGAUCAAACGUAAUAGCACGAAAAAUAUCAACUUUUAUUGCUUAUCUGUAUCAGCAGUUGCGGCUGGUUUAUAA